AUGAUCAAGUAUCGGAAUUAUAUGAAUGAUAGUUUACGUACGGAUAUUUUUCUACGUUUUACUCCUGAAACAAUUGCUUGUGCAUGUAUUGAUUUAGCAGCACGAAUUCUUCAAAUUCCUUUACCAAAAAAUCCACCAUGGUAUCUUAUAUUUGGCGCACAACCUGAAGAAAUUCGUUAUAUUAUGAUUGCUAUACUUCGAUUAUAUAAUCAUCGACCAAAACCACUUGAUGAACUUGAAAAAAUUCUUAAUACAUUUCGUGAAAAACGAGAAGAUGAAAGAAAAAAAUUACGACCUGAAUUAGGUUGUGAUUCACCAGCUCAACAACCAACUAUACAAAUUUCUAUACCAUCAACAGUUAUUUCUUUUUUAACACCGACUAUUGUACAACAAGAAGUACCUUCUGUGAUUACAACAACUACAGACGAAAUAAUAAAUACAAUGGCAAUAAUAAAUGGAAAGUUAACUCAAAAACUUGAUCAAGGUAGUUCACGUGAAUCAUCAACAGUAAAUAAUCAUCGACAUCAUCAUCGUCAUCAUCAUCGAAGAAAACGAAGUAGUUCUCCAAGCAGAUCAUCAUCACAAUCAUUAUCUCGUUCUCCAAUUCAUCAUCCUCAAAAGAAAAAGAAAAUUUCUCAUCGUAGUCGUUCACGAUCUCGAUCAUCAUCACGUAAAAGACAUAGACAUCAAAAAGAUAAACGACAUCAUAGUAGUCAUACAUCAAAUAAUCAUCGAAAAAAAGAUAAAAAACGACGAUCACGUUCUUCAUCACGUGAUGACAAUCAUUAUUCUAAUAAUAAUAAUAAACAUUUUCUAACAAACAAUGAUACAAAUAAUAAUAUUCAUCAACGUUCACAUCAUUAUUCAUUCAAACAAAUAAAUGGUGUUUCUUCAUCAUCUCAUAAAAAUUUCAAUUUAAAAUAA